AUUGCGUGUGACAUCACAGUGGUGACAGACAGGAGCAGAAGGCUUCUCCCGGAACUCUGCAGCCAGCGGCGGCUCUGAUCGUUUUCAACACCGGAGGUUCGGUCCAACAUGGCGGCUUACGGAUGGAAAUACUGAUGACAGUCCGAAAGAUCGCCUCGAUUUGUACGAUGGGCGCCAAUGCCUCUGCCUUGGAAAAGGAGAUUGGACCGGAACAGUUUCCCGUUAAUGAGCACUACUUCGGACUGGUCAACUUUGGAAACACCUGCUACUGUAACUCGGUGCUGCAGGCUCUGUACUUCUGUCGACCGUUCAGGGAGAAGGUGUUGGCGUACAAGGUGCAGCCGCGUCGCAAGGAGUCCCUCCUCACCUGCCUGUCCGACCUCUUCAACAGCAUCGCCACGCAGAAGAAGAAAGUCGGCGUCAUCCCGCCCAAGAAGUUCAUCUCGCGUCUGAGGAAAGAGAACGAGCUGUUUGACAACUACAUGCAGCAGGACGCCCACGAGUUCCUCAACUACCUCCUCAACACCAUCGCCGACCUGCUGCAGGAGGAGAAGAGCCAGGAGAGGCAGCAGAAUGGGAAGCUGGUGCAGAACGGAGGAGGAGGUGGUGGAGGAGGGAGUACAGGAGGAGGAGGCAGUGGGAGCGAGGGAGGAGGAGAAGGAGACGGAGGAAAGGAGACGCAGCAGACGUGGGUCCACGAGAUCUUCCAGGGGACUCUGACCAACGAGACGCGCUGCCUCAACUGUGAAGCUGUGAGCAGUAAAGACGAGGACUUCCUGGACCUGUCGGUGGACGUGGAGCAGAACACCUCCAUCACACACUGUCUCAGGGGCUUCAGUAACACAGAGACGUUAUGCAGCGAAUACAAAUACUACUGUGAGCAGUGUCGCAGCAAACAGGAAGCCCAGAAGAGGAUGCGGGUAAAGAAGCUCCCGAUGAUCCUCGCCCUCCACCUGAAGCGCUUCAAGUACAUGGACCAGCUGCACCGCUACACCAAGCUGUCCUAUCGCGUCGUCUUCCCCCUGGAGCUCCGCCUCUUCAACACGUCCGGGGACGCCACCAACCCCGACCGCAUGUACGACCUGGUGGCCGUCGUCGUACACUGUGGCAGCGGUCCAAACCGUGGACACUACAUCACCAUCGUCAAGAGUCACGGCUUCUGGCUGCUGUUUGACGACGACAUCGUAGAGAAAAUUGACGCCCAGGCGAUCGAGGAGUUCUACGGUCUGACGUCAGAUAUUUCCAAGAACUCUGAGUCAGGUUACAUCCUGUUCUACCAGUCCAGAGACUGAACCAGCCUAUGGUGAAUCCCCAACAGACUGUGACUCAACAGAGGGGGAGGAGCUUAUGGCUACCACCGGCUCCGCCCAGUACGCUUACAUAAGUAUCCAGGCUUUAUUCCUUGUAGGCGGAGCUUUGCACUGGAGCGCCACUCGGAUCUUGAGACGUGUGCAGGUUGCAUGCCAGCCUCCUGGAUUACGACUGAUGAACUCCUCUGAGCCCCCACUGCAAAAAACAAAAACAAAAAAAAUAGCACCUUAACAAAAACAAGAUGGCUGAUUCUGUAACACUCGCUUUGCGCUGGGGCAUCAGCUGGGAGUAACGCCAAUCCAAGAGGCUGACAUCGCUGUACGCACAGUGCUCCGUUCAGGAGGUCAGAGCGCUUUGGGAUCGUUGAGAUGAUGCAGACUAACCAAUCAACUGUUUUUGAAGAGAUACUCGCUUCUGAUUGUAACCUUCUCUUCAAGGUAACCAGCUGCGUCACAAGUCUUCUUCAGCAUUUAUUUUUGUGUGUGUGCACAUUUCACCAUGCUACAUUAGCUUCUAAGCCACUGGUACCAUUCGUUUACUCCAGAAACUCAUUCCAGAGACAAAGAAAAAUAAAAAAGUACCUCACAGCCUCGUUAGACGUCCAACCGGCCACAACGAAACAUCUAAAGAUAGAGGAGCUAGAACGUAAGCUAGGAGCGCAGUGCAGUGAUGUUAGUUUGCAGUGUUUUUAUCAUGAAGUCCGUGAUGCUAAUAACAAAAAGUGUUAAAAGGCAGAGUGUGAAAUGGGAAACCAGCCACUAGAGAUUUGGAAGAACGGCUCGUUAUUUGGGAUUUCUUUACUAAUGAAAGCUCUAAGAAGUCAUGGCCCCGAUUAUAUUAGACCAAAAGAAAUAUUGGGGAAAUUAUUUUCGAGUUUGUUUCUUCCAAAAACACAAUUUUAAGAUUCUCCAUUAAAGCAUGCACUGUUGUAUAAGAUCCAUAUACCCUCUAAAUUUUGGUGAUCAAUGUGUUAAAGCAGAACAUGGUAACUGGAAAAUAAUACGGAAUGUAAUUUGAGUUUUUUGAAGAAACAAAAUGGUAAAAACCAAAUGAUUAGUUACAAAGGCUUUGCAAAAUACACAUGCAAAAACAAAAAAAAAAGCUUUAAUUUGGGCCAUAGACAGCUUUACAGAACACCAAUAAUCCAGAUUCUCAAUUUAACAUCCAUCUUGCGAUAUCGAGUGAAAGCAGCUGGUUUUAUUUUUGAAAGUCAGCGUCGUGCCAAUGGUCCUGUUUUUUCCUGGCGGGAAAAUAAAAAAAACGAGGGAACACGUUCAAACAAAAGAGCGGCCAGGUGUUUCAACAUCAAACAAAGUAAGCUAACUCUUUUUUUUUUUUUUAAACAGCUAUCUCGUGGGUUGUUUUGUAGUUUGCUUUCAAAGGGUGGUGGUGUUUAAACAUUUUUUGAUUUCUUUCUUUUUAAGUACCAGAAUAUUCACCAUUUUGAAAAGGGACACAUGAAGAAGUUCUGACAUCCAAAACUGUCACACUACAUUCAUGUUGAAUGUCUGCUUUAUUUUCUGGACACACACACACACACACAUACACACUCUUUUGCUGCAGCUGGUUCCCCACCAAACACCAAUCACGCUGGCAAAUUUGGACUCAAGAGGCUCAAGUUUUUGUUUUUUUUUCUCGUGCAGCUGCAGCUCUGGCAUGCACGCCGACCUUUUACAUAACACGUUUUUCACUCCAGAAUCGCAGCUCUCAAUAAUACUGAAGGAUGCUAACGCUGUGUUGAUGUGGAGCUUACGGUUGAGAUGUGGUUCAUUUAAUGCAGUAAGAUAACUCCCAUUGAAAUGUUCUUCCAUUGGUGUUACAUUUUAACACUCCUGAGUUCAAACAAAAUCCAAAAGAAUUGCUUUCAAAGCCAUUUUUUUUAAAAGCCUGUACUCGUUCUUGGAAACUUUCGCCUGCUGACUGGCAUUGACUUCCUGUUCUCACCUCCAUUGUUUUCUUUUAAACGCACAAACAAACCAAAUGUAGGAGUGUUUUUUUUUGUGUUAAAUCUUGUUUUUUUGAAGAAUGUUUUACACUGCCAAGUUUUUACCACAGGUUAGCAAUCAAGCUAGCAUGUGACUCUUAGCUGCAGCAGAUAGAAAGUGAACGGAAACUUUCUUUCUGUUUGUUAAAGUGUUGUUUGUAUUUUUCGGUAAUUGAGCGUCCCAGGCAGAGGGUCGGGUAUUAUCUGAAUGUUAAAGUGUACAGUUGAAUUACGAUAGGGCUGCUUGACCUGUAAAACAACAUCUGGAGGCCGACACGUCUUGAUAAUCUGAAGUUUCUCUCUCUCUCUGCUGAGACAAAAGAAGCACUUUGAACAACAGAAAACAGGUCUUGUCUUUUGAUUCCCAGAAGCUAACCUAAUGAAGGCGACACCUCUGUGCCUUGAAUGGCUCGUUUCACUUUUAAAAAGAACUCCUUGAAAAAAUCUGAUUUAAUAUCUACAUCGUGUCAUCAAACAUUUCAAUGUUACGUUUUUUUUAAAGCUAUUUUCAUUUACUUUUCUAUCUUUAACAAGUUCCUUUUUUCUGCAGUUAAGUUAAAGUCUUAACUGUUAUCUUAUUUUUCCGUCAAAAUAAAAGCAGGUUUGUACCCAAACAGGAAGUAAAACACCCUUAGCUUAAGAUAGUAAAAAAUCUUCAAAAUGAAAGCAUAACAAAAUCAAUUUUGGAAUGCAAAAUAAUGGAAUUUCAAACAUGAUGGAACAUGUGAUUAAUUGUGACUAAAAUAAAUAGUUUGACAGCCCUAGCAAACAGAGACUUAUCCUAACUCUGAGUAUUUCAGCUUCUUUAUUUAGCAGUUAACACGUUUUCAGUAAGUGUCUUAGCUUAAGCUUUUAAAAUAUUGUGAAUGACGGCAGGAGAGGGAGCAACUUCAGACGAUGCGUCUCAAACAGUUACCUACAUUCACUCAAGGCUUCAAUGUCAACACUAUUUCCAUUUUUUGUCUGUGCUGCUCGUAAAACUGAAUUAAUCUAGAUGAAAGGAAGGUUUUAUUUGUGUGUUGGAAUAUUAUUUGGGUAAAUCAAGUUCAUUGCCAUUUGUUCUAUCAUCUCUGAUGGUGAGAUUUGUAGUUUUUUUGAUUUUGAAUGAGUUGAAAUUUAAAGAAAUGUUCCAUUUGCUGAUAGUUUAAGUGAACAAAAACAAGCACAAAAGCACAUACGUUGGACGAUGAAGGACGCAGACCCAGCCUGAAGUUGGGUAUCAGUCUUCUUUUUUUUUCCGAUUCAGUUUCAUGAAAAUUCAGUUUUGAAAAACUGAAAAAAAAAACGAUUAGUCAUCAACUAAACUGCCUAUAACCUCUGGAUGGACAAAGUGUUGGAAGACUAUGUUUAAAGGCUCUUUUUAUUUAAAUAUAAUUAAUAUUAUAAUAAAUGUUUUAUGUUAUCUUUUUCUUAUAUGUUCCACUUGUUUUUGAUAUGUCACUAAUUUUACUAGUCUACCAUUGUCGUGUAGGCAGCUUUGAAGAAUAUGUCCUUAAAAUUUGGGAGUAUUUGACAAGCGAUGUGGAGGUGUACAUAAAUACAGAUGUUAUUAUUGGAAAAUAAAUAUUUGCUUGCUUGAAAUAAUCAGACAUAGAUCAAAAACGUUAGUGGAUGUUAUAUCUAAAAAUAAGUAUUCCUGUUGUAAAUCAAUUCGACUGGGGCUUUAAAAGUAAAAAGCCCCGCCCAUCUGGUAUCCCAACCAACAGUUUGAAAUAAAUUAGCUCACCUGUAAUCUCACAGCUAAACCCAUAAUACCCUCAAAAACCAUCAGAUUGAAAAUGUAUUCAAUUCAAAUAAAACUAAAAGUUUAAAGAAACUGCUGUGCAGAAAAGUAACUGACCCAAAAACUGACUUGUACAUCACCGUGUUAAAAGGAAAAAUCCACCCAUAAGUUCACAUACAUUUAAAAAAACAACGACUUCAAUAAGAUACAAUAUGAUGUCAUCUUUGUAGAGAGAGAUCUUUUUUAAUCUGACAAAGCAUUGGAAUGUCACACAGAUAGUUUUAAGUUCUCAACCCCAAAUGUUUUUUUUUGUAAAACAACUCAAAUUAAAAAGAUCUGGUCAUCAAGGUUAUGAUUUUUCACCCUAUGAGAGAUUUAAAGGCAUCAUAAACUGACAACUUUAAUAAUCUACAAUAUGGUGUCAUCUGCGUAGAGUGAGUGCUUUUUUCCCAAAGCUAGGGAUGUAGUAACAUUUACCGACUGUAAAGCACAGAAGUAAUGCACAAUGGAUCUUUCUUUAAUUAAAUAUUGUUUUCAGUUUACAUUUUUACAGUUACCAAUAAAAUAAUUAUCUAUCAAGACUUUUUUAAAGCAUACUACUGUUAAUCCUUUGUUGAUCAAAAGCUGCACAUUUCAGCAUCUUUCUGAAGGUUUUACGGCCAAGUCAAGGAAGCGAAACCCGAUAAAAUAACUUAUUGAAAACAAAAAACUGACAUCUGUGGGUGGAUUUUUCCUUUUUUUCCCCAAACAGUUAUAAGUUAUAUGUCUGUCCUCUCAAAUGUCCCUUAAGGGCCUCCGUAGUCCACAUCACUCUGCGAUUUUCAAGGUCACAAAGAAUGUAAUUGUUUGAUGGUGAAAAGUGACUGAAUGUGUCAGAAACACUCCAAUAUGUUGCAACUGGUGUACGGAGUGGCAGCAGCCUCACAGACGCAAACGGCAAAACAGAAUGUGUCACAUUGAAUUGAACCUUUCAGAAAGAACAUGAUAUUAAGGUCGCUGAUUCUUUUCUGCAAGUUCAACUCUUAUUUUAUUAGUCUACACACUCCGAGGCUUCUCAGUUCUUGCCACUAAAUAUCUUGAGGGUUACGAGUUGAAUCUUGUCCUCUGAGUUGUUGUCUGGAUGUUUGUCGAGGCUGCUGCCGCUGCACACUGUGGUCUGAAGUUCAUUCUGAAUACAUGUAGAUGCAGUGAAGUUUGGGAAUGAAGGCUGGUGUUCCAAACUGUUUGAAAUAAAACACAAACUGGUUUUGAAGAUGAUAAAAUCUA